AUGCCGAGAAAAGCCCAAACAUGGGAUGACUAUGACUCUGCCGUCGACCAGAUCAUUCUGGCUCCGACGGACUCCGACUUUCUCGACCAGUUGAUCCCAGUGCUCAAAGAUGCCGCCGUCAGCGGCCGCACCGCGUCGCUCACCCAGAGCUUGUCCCAGUAUGCCGAGGAUCGAGAGGGCGACAUCGAGCGCAUCGGCUUGACGAAGCACGAAGAGUUCCUCGGAUCCGUUAAUCAGCUGCAGAAGGUGCGCGAAGGGACGGUGGCCCUGACAUCUGAGAUUCUGGAUUUGAACCAGUCGAUCCAGUCGAGCACAGAGAAGCUGGCCGCACAGAAGCAGGCUCUUGUGAACACACGCGGAGUGCGACAGAACAUUACCGACGUCUCCGAUGCGCUCAAGGAAUCCCUCAAGAUCAUGCAUGUGGUCAACAACGCGCACGAACUGAUCCGGAAGAAGAAAUACUAUGGGGCUCUGAAGUCUUUGGAAGACCUCCAGAACGAGUACUUGGUGCCAAUCAUUCAGAACAAGUAUGCCACGCAAUACAGGCUAGCCGACCUCAUCCAAAAAUCUAUUCCUGCCUCCCAAAAAACCAUAUCGGAAGCGGUUAUGACGGACCUGAACACGUGGUUAUACCGGAUCCGAGAGACAUCACAGUUCCUGGGGGAGGUGGCCUUCUUUCACACCGAGCAGCGGCGGGAUAGGCAAAAGAAACGCGUUGAGCAGAACGACUACUUGAGUCAUUUCAGGCUAAACUCUGCCAUCGAGCUUGUCUAUGACGAGAGCAGCGACUAUGAUGUUCUUGACAAUGAUGAAGUUCAGGUCGACUUUACGCCGUUACACGAAGCGUUACAUAUCCACGAAGCGCUCGGACAGAUUGAGAAAUUCCGCGCUGACUAUGCAGCUACCCGGAGACAGCAAAAGGAGUUGCUGAUGCCCAGCUCUGUAAACCUUCUCUCCGACGAUGAUGGAUCCUCCUUGAGUGCUCUUCUGGAAGGCAUUGCCGGCUUCGCCAUCAUAGAGAGCGCGACGAUGCAGCGCGCACCGCAGCUCCGCUCCACAGUUGAUGUUGACGAGCUGUGGGACUCCAUGUGCCAAAAUGCUAUUAGACUCAUUUCAAAAUCGCUUAGUGAAGUCGCCAAUGCAGAAGUCCUCCUCAAAAUCAAACUGGUUAUUGCCCUCUUCAUCCAGACAAUGGAGGGCUGGGGCUACUCGAUCUCGAUGCUCAACAACUUCCAACUCACGCUGUUCUACAAGUAUGCCGAGCUGCUAAAGCGCCGUUUCAGCGAGGACUUUCAAGAAAUUGUCUCGACGGACGAUUAUAUGCCAAUGGCCAUCAAUACGCUCGAAGAAUACGAGAAAGUUCUCAACGUCAGUUGGUUCACUCAGGACACGCCCCCUGAGGAACUUACGUUUCCAUGUGUUCUACCAUUCUCGCAAAUGUAUCCCCUCUGCUGUAUAGACAUUCGAAACUUUCUCAACCAGUUCUACUUUUUCUCAGACGACCAUUUCCAACAGCCGAAUGUCAUUGAUGAGACACUUAGAAAGUCGCUGGAUGAGCUUUUGACCGAAAAGGUCUGCCAGUCUCUCGUCGAGAGGCUGAACUCUCAGUACCUGGGGCAGAUUGUGCAAAUCUUGAUCAACCUAGAACAUUUCGAGAUUGCUUGCCAGGAACUGGAGCAGUUGUUGAUCAGGGCCCGAUCAUCGACAUCGGCAGGCGGACCGGUGACACUGCGAGCGACGGAGCAGUUCAGGAGCAACAAGAAGACCGCCGAGAAGCGCAUCUUCGAGCUUGUGAAUUCUAAAAUCGAUGAUCUUGUCGACACCUCUGACUACGAAUGGAUGGCGACCUCACGGCCUACCGAGCCAAGCAACUAUAUGCAGACGCUGACCCGCUAUCUCUCGAACAUUAUGAACUCGACUCUACUGGGACUUCCUAGAGAAAUCAAGGAACUCAUCUACUUUGAUGCGCUGAGCCACGCCGCAAAUAAGAUACUCGCACUCCCUCUGUCUUCAGAUGUCCGGAAGAUCAAUCCCAACGGUGUCGCCGCUCUCGCCAAGGACGUCGAACAUUUGUCAAAGUUUGUUGCCAGUCUGGAUAAUGCCUUCAUGCUUGAGCAGAACUUGGAUGAGCUGCAGCAGACGGUGGCGCUCAUGCAGUCGGACAACCAUGACGAGUUCUUUGAUAUCUCGACGCGGAAUAAGAAGUAUGGCCGCGUCGACGCUAUGAAUGGUCCCAUCUUACUUGAGAAGAUCACUCAAGCGGUUGACAACCCAGCUCGAGCCCCAGCGCCGCUCUCUAACUUCGGGUCGCGCUUUGGCUUGAGGUGA